AUGCAGACUGUUCUAUUGCUUGUGUCGUCGGCGCUGUCAGCUUUGGCACAGCCAGGCUGGACAGCACCUUCGCAUCCAGGCACGCCAGGCUCUCAAUCUGGGGGCCCUCCACCUAGCAGUCAUCCUUCUUGGGGACCUCCACCCGGCGAAUAUGGGCCACCACAAACCCACAACAGCAGCUUUACGCCCGACCACGUUCUCAGGGUCACGUACGCCAAUGUUUCUAUGGGCUGUGAGUCGCGAGCAUCUGUCUUGGUCAAUGGUAGUACACCUGGUCCAGAGCUCAGAUUGGAGCCUGGCAAGACGAGCUGGGUUCGAGUCUACAAUGAUAUGACACAGUACAAUACGACUAUUCAUUGGCAUGGUCUGAGCCAACGAACAGCUCAAUUCUCUGACGGUACACCAAGCGCAAGUCAAUGGCCCAUACCACCCAUUCAUUUCUUCGAUUACGAAGUACAUCCCGAGCUUAACGACUCUGGCACCUACUUUUACCACUCCCAUGUCGGCUUCCAAGCUGUUUCCGCUACUGGCCCACUGAUAAUCGAGGACAAUGGUCCACCACCUUAUGCCUAUGAUGAAGAGCGUAUCAUACAGUUCACCGACUACUUCAACAAAACCGACACCACGAUCGAGAAAGGCUCGUGGCUACACCAUUCACUUGGUCUGGAGAAACCAACGCUGUGCUGA